CGGGGAGGCUUGCGCCCCAGACAGUUACGUAUGUCCUACAAUCCGACAUUAUUCAAGCUAGUAUUUGACAGCAACAGAAUUGCCUUAACUGUCUUUAUUUUCGAUACUGAAGCCUGCCGAGUCGAUAGAUCGCCCAAGCGACACAAGUUCCAACAUACCAGUCAGGGAACGAAAAGGCCAUUGGCGCCAAACAACAAACGAGGCUUAAGAUGGCCCCGCGGAUUGAGCCCCAGGAGAUCGAGACAUACUGGAAUAUCUUCUCAACAAGGACGAAUGGCGGCAAGUUUCUGACCGGUGAACAAGCCGCGCCUCUCCUGAAGAACAGCGGACUACGGGAUGAUCAGCUAGAGCAAGUUUGGGACGUGGCCGAUGUCGAUAAUGACGGCAAUUUGGAUUUCGAGGAGUUCUGCGUGGCCAUGCGCAUCAUCUUCGACAUAGUGAACGGGGAGUACUCAGAGGUCCCUACGACACUUCCGGACUGGCUAGUUCCCGAAUCGAAAUCACAUCUCGUACAAGCGAACCGAGCGCUCACGGGCAAACAAGUACAAUUCGAACAAGUAGACGACGACUCCGAUACACCCGGCCUGAAGGAUGGGUUCGAUUGGUACAUGAACCCGCAGGACAAGGCGAAGUACGAGUCAAUAUAUCAGGAGAACAGGGACAUGCGUGGUGAAAUAUCCUUCAAUUCCCUCGAAGACCUCUACGAGUCCCUCGACGUACCAGAUACAGACAUCCGGUCAGCAUGGAACCUCAUCAAUCCAUCCGCCGGGUCCUCCAUCAACAAAGACGCAUGCCUCGCCUUCCUCCACAUCCUAAACAACCGACACGAAGGGUUCCGGAUCCCGCGAACAGUACCAGCGUCCCUCCGGUCCUCGUUCGAGCGCAACCAGAUCGACUACCAGAUAGACAGCCAGCGGAACGCGUCGCGGUGGGCCGCCAAAGCCGACGAGAACACCUCCACAGGGCGCAAGGCCAAGUUCGGCGACCAGUACCUCACGCGUCUCGGGCGCGGCAGCUUCAAGGCGUCCGGCACGGACUUCAGCAACGCGCAGUCGGACGCCGAGUGGGAGGAGGUGCGGCUGAAGAAGCAGCUAGCGGAGCUCGAGGCCAAGAUGGACAAGGUCGAGGCGGAGGCGAACCGGCGUCGCGGCGGCGGCGGCGGCAAGCGCGACAGCCAGCCCGCCCUCGUCAAGCGCGAGCUCGAGCAGCUCCUCGAUUACAAGCGCCGCGAGCUGCGGGAGCUCGAGGAAGGCAGCGGCAAGGCCAAGGUCGGCGGCAAUCUGCGCGGCGUCGCGGACGAUUUACAGACGGUCAAGGAGCAGGUUGACGGGCUGGACGCGCACCUCGCUUCGCGCAUGCAGGUCCUCGAGCAGCUGCGGAGGGAAAUCGAGGACGAGAAAGUGGGGAGAUGAUGAUGCCUGCCCAGCUACCUACCUACGUUAGAAAAGGCGCAGUGAAGUGCGUGUUAAACACUUGACUACAGGGCAAAGAUGGAAUUCAGUUGGGUACGAUACGGAAGCGUGAUAUCAAUUUCAACACCUGUUAACUAACCACGGAUGCGCGAGCACGGGGUCGAGCUCGGUGUUUUCGCAGCUUGUAUUCCGGCGACGUAAAUCCCCCUUACGGUUUCUAUAGGCUUCUUUCACGGGCAAAUUACAGUAUGAAUAUAAUCAUUU